GGCGGGUCCAAGGCGUGCGGAGGGCGGUCUCCUCUCCGGUUGGUUGGUUCCUCCUGCUUCUCUCCCCAACGCCCUGGAUCGAGUAGGCUUAACAGCGAGGAGUUCUGCAAAUUCUGCAUUCCGGGCUACCUCCUGCUGCUGAAAGUUCUGUCGCCUUUUGCGUCAGGAAGAGAAAAAAGGUCUCUAGAUGGCUUCUUCUGGCGGGGAUUGCACAGGAAUACAGACGGCUGUUGAAUCAGAAGAUGACAAUGUCAUCAACUUUGUGGAAAUGAAAUUUAUUAACAAUAUGCUGUAUUUCAAAUCUGAAGACGACGAAAACCUGGAAUCAGAUCACUUUGCCAAGCUUGAACCUAAACUAUCCGUCAUACGAAACGUGAAAAACCAAGUUCUCUUCAUUGAUCAGAAAAAGCAACUUCUGUUUGAAGAUAUGCCUGACACUGACAGUAAUAAAUCCCAGGUCAAAUUUAAAAUAUUUAUGUAUAGAGACAGCCUUAUUAGAGGUCUGGCUGUAGCCAUCUCUGUGGAAUAUAAUGAAAUUUCUACUCUCUCCUGUGAGAACAAAACUCUUUCCUUUAAGAAUAUCAGUCCUCCUGACAAUAUCAGCGACACAAAAAGUGACAUCAUAUUCUUUCAGAGCAAAGUGCCAGGACACAAUAAGAUGCAAUUUGAAUCAUCAUCAUACGAAGGGCAUUUUCUAGCUUGUGUAAAAGAGAACGACCUUUUCAAACUCACUCUGAAAAAAAAGGGUGACUGUAAGGAUAAAUCUGUAAUGUUUACUGUGGAAGCCAACUAGAUAUUAAAAUUUCUUAUUUUGAGCAGGGGGAGAUUUUGUGUAUCAGACAGGUUUUAAAAGUUUAUGAGCCUAUAAUUGUAACGGUGAAAUAAAAGGAAUACUGUUCUCAAAAGACACCAUUAAGAAAUGAACAAGCUUUUAUGAAAUUGAAUUGACUUCCAUGUAUCCAAGUGAAUAAAAUAUUUGUAUA